UCAGAAACCACAGUAGCAGUUGGAGAAUUGUACUCCAGAGGAGAUGAUUCCUCAUGAAGUCCUUGGUUUACCUUCCGAAAACAAAUGCAACGUUUCCUUCAUGAAACAAAACACUGAGCUAACUAGUCACUGAGAGAGCAGCAGCAGAGGCUAAAAAGAUGAAAUCCAGUCAAGAAAGGAGCAAUGAGUGCUUGCUGCCAAAAAAGCGGGAAAUUCCUGUUACCAGUCUGCCAUCAGAGGAAAAGACAGCAGCUCCAGCAUCUGAAAGCCAGCGUGUGGACAAUGUGUGUUGGAGUCCAAGUAUCUCUAGUAUCCAAAGCAGUCCUGGGUCACGGCACAGUAAUACUACAACCUUGGAGGAGACUGAUUUACAACAGGGAAUAGUUUUACACAAAUCACUAGCAGCUGACUAUUCCUCCCCUAGUGCUCCCAGAUCGACCUCAGCAAUGCAGUCUUCAGCAUAUCCUCCAGCAUUGACUCAGUCAGGGGCAACCUUAUCCCCAGCACAUUACACCCAUCUACAACACCCUUUCCAGUUUGCCCAGUAUGGUGCACCAUUUGCAGCUAUUGUUCCAUCAGAGCUGGUAUCCCCAACAGCUAAUUCCACAUCUGGUGCUGUGACUUCCACUUCUUCUGCCUCUGCUACUGCUACCACUCCAUCCCAGCGUUCCCAGCUAGAAGCCUAUUCCACAAUGCUGACCAGUAUGGGGAAUGUAACCCAGCAGAGCCACAAGGUGGAGCAGCACUUGUGUCGGCCACCUGGAUUAGUCACUGCAGGGUCUCCUACUGCUACUUCACCUGCACCACAAAACCAGUUUGUUAGAGUUUCUAGCUCCCCGCUGAGUGUUUCACGAACUGUGUCAUCUCCAGCUUCACAACUACAUCCUCAUUCAGCAGUGAUUCCACAUAAUCUCACCUCCCAGGUGGUCCUACAGUAUGCAGAUAGUGGCAGCCACUGUUAUACAAGAGAGGGUCACAAGAAGGCCGAAGACUCCAGAUUACAAGUAAAGGAAAUUCUGAAUGGAGAGAUUGAAAAGAGCAGAAGGUAUGGCAUUUCACCCUCUGCUGGCACAAAUCUGAAAACAGGCAAUAAAGCAGCUUCUCAUCAUUAUGAAGCAAGACAUUUGGUGGUCCACCCAAGUCCUAGCGAUUACAGUGCUCACAAUUCCUCAGGUGUUAGGACCUCUGUGAUGGUAGUGCCCAACAGUAAUUCAUUUGCUAUGGAUCUGGAGGUACAUCAUGCCAUUAAAAGAGACACUUCUCCUUCAGCAGUCCAUGAAAAGGUGGGCAUCAAUCUAGGAAAAGUGGGAUCCAGACCAUAUGCUCUGUCACCACAACAGACUCUAGGCCACGAAGGUGUAAAAACCAUUGCAAAUCUGUCUCCCCACACAGUCAUCCAGACUACCCAUAAUGCAUCAGAGCAUCUACCUGUAGGGCUGUCUCCAACUGCUUUUUAUACAAGUACACAACAUCCAGUCAUUGGUUACCUCAGCAGCCAGCAGUCAGCAGUUGGUUAUCAUGGAAACCUCUCACAUCUGGUGAUUCCAGGUGCUCAGCCCUUUCUUAUUCCAUUAAGCAGAGGAGAUGUCGAAGCAUCAGGAGUAGCAUCUGCUAUAGUGACUUCAUCACCUCAUUAUGCAGCAGUGCCUCACACAUUUGUCAGUACGGCCAUUCCUAAGACUGAGAAUUUUAGCCAUGAGGCAGUGACAACUCAGCCAGCCUACCAAGCAGCAGUUUUACAGGCCCAAAUCCACCUACCAGUGGCACAGCCUGCAAGUUCCCCCACAGCAGCUUCACCUGCACUGCCCCCUUACUUCAUGAAGGGCUCAAUUAUCCAGCUGGCUAAUGGGGAGCUGAAGAAAGUAGAGGACUUGAAAACUGAAGAUUUUAUACAAAGUGCAGAAAUCAGUAAUGAGCUGAAGAUUGACUCUAGCACUGUUGAGAGGAUUGAAGAAAGUCAUAACCCAGGCUUUGCUGUAAUCCAGUUUGCAGUUGGAGAGCAUAGAACACAGGUACUGUAAUACGUCUGACAACAUUAUAAAUGUGCGCACAGUAAGAAGUGAGGGGAAUGUAAGAGCAGUCAGCAGAAUGUUUUGGAUUCCUUUUCUAAGUUUGUGGGUGGUAAAUGUGAUCCUUAGA